AUGAACGAACUUUUGUUGAAUUCGACAGUCGAUUACGAGUAUGAAGUGAAUCAAGAGCCUCCCUACAGCAAUGUGCUGGUCUUCGGGAUGGCUUUCGGGUACAUUUUAUAUGCAGUUGCCAUUUUGUUUGGUAUUCCGUGCAAUGUGUUUGUGCUCUACCGAAUGACCAAAUUGGCGAUGAAGUCACAAGAAGUUUACACGUGAGUUUUUUGAUGACAUUUUUAUCAAAAAGAAAAAUUUUUGGUCAAAAUGCCAUUUUUAACCAUAACUUUUUCGCUUUCAGAAACGGAACGGGUAUUUGCCUCCUUGCCAUGUCCAUUGCCGACCUCGUAUCUCUAUGUUCAAUAUGCGUGCAUUAUGUCCUCAGCUUUGAUAUAAAUAUUGGUCCGUUCCCGCGAACCGUUGUAUGUAAAAUCGCCAUAUUCAGUACACAUGUCAGCACCUCUAUCAGCAUAUGGAGUUGGCUGUUAAUGUCAACGCUACGCUAUCUCUCAGUCUACCAUCCAUUAUUUCACUACCGAUUAUGGAGAUUGCCGGUUAGAGUGUUGUUGGUAAUACUCUGCGGCGCAAGUCUUACCAACUUCGCGUUGUUGUUCAUGGUGGUAUAUAAGCCUGAGGUAAAAUUGAUUUUUGACAUAUCUCAUGCCCGAAUUUUAUACCCAUGACCCUUACGGAAAAUUCCUUUUAGGAAGGAUGCACGUUAUCAGCCCUUUUUCCAUCCAUGCCUAAUUUGAACCGAGUCUUUCUCUGCCUCGAGAUAAUCUGGUCGUUUUGCAUACCAACAGCAAUUAUCUUGUUCGUUGACUCGUCGGUUUACAUGUGUCGACGCCGCUACGCGGUAUUGUCGCAAUAUGCACAGCGAAGUUCGCAUGGACUGAAAAAAGUAAAUUUUUUGAACUUUGUUAAAUUACACUCCGAAGAAACCCAAAUUGCCAUUUCUUUCAGCCGAAGAGCUCAAUGUGGCGUUGGCUCAUAAUUGCACUAAUUGAUGUGGUCCUGAAUACCCCAGAGAACAUAUUUCGAUUAUCGGUCAUUUUGGGGCUGGUAGAUCAGGCAUCGAUGGGCGAGAUGUACAUGUUGGGAAGGACGUUUUCACAGGUGAGAAUCAAACAACAUAAACAUCAUAAAUAUACACUACAAAAACCCAAAUAAACAAAACACAUAUUCUUUUAGGUACUAUAUUACUUCCAAUUCGGCUUUAACGGUGUAUACUUGGCCUUAUUUAUCUACGACAAAUCGACAAAGGUUAUUUCGAGUGCACGUGGUUCUGACAAGACCGGCAAAAACGCCGGCUCAACGCGGAAAUGCGUCGUAUCCUUUGACAAUGCAAUUACAAAGCAUUAA